UUUUCCCAUCUGAGCAUUUCUAAUGCAUUUCAAAAAUACUGUUUACUAAUAGUCAUAUCUGCCUAUUGCGUUAUCUCUGCUUCUUAACUUGAACGGAUAAGUUAUUCAGUACAUGAAGAAUCCAUCUUAGAAAGAAGAAACAAGAGAGACCUCAGUAAGAGAAAAGUACAAAGACAAAAACCAUCCAAUGGACCCUGCAACAGCCUGGCAACAGCAGUAAAUGAAUCAACAAAAAUGAAUGGAGAUCAGUUACUGUGUCCCUGAUAAAACUUCCCACGUUAAUUCCUGAACAUUUGAGGCCAACUGCCAUGCUAUCAGUGGAGAUGGAGUAAAGCACCUUUAUCUAAGCCUUCGCUAACACGGUGCUCAGCUGUGACUCAGAGAGGGCACCAUCAAGGAGCUGAAUGAUUUAUUUAUGAGGACUGUUCUUCAUCUAUCCGCCUUCAGAUCACAAGGCCUCUCAGCGCUUAUGCCUUCAGGCUAACUUGAAACAGACAUUCUCAGCAGUGCAUGGUCCUGUUAGUCCACAUUGCAGUUCCACGUGCUUCACACUAUCCACCAUGCCAACCUUACCAGAAGACAAGGGACAAUCAAAAGAGGCACAACACUACAGUUCUCCUCCAGUCAAAGACACUACUGUUGAAGGGACAACAUGCAGUACACCUUCUAUUGUUCUUCCAGAGAAUGCUGUUACGCCAGAUGUAGAAAUUGAUAAAAAUCUGGUUAACAGGCCUCGUAGUCCUCAUCGGAGACACUCGAACCGUGCCACUAGGAAUCCAACAAACUCAUUGACUUCUGUAGAUAACAGUGGUCAUGUGAUUGAUCUGGUAAAUGAUCAGCUACCAGAUGUCAAAAUAUCAGAAGAAGACAAAAAGAAGAACCUUGAAUUACUAGAAGAAGCAAAGAAAGUAAGUGAGAGAUUUCUAAUGCGCAGAGGCAGAAAGUCAAGAAGCAGCCAGCCAGAGUCACCGACAGCAGUUUCCCCAACACUUAGUCCCAAAGUUUCACCAGUAGCAUCUCGGAGCAACUCUCUCACUCUUCCAGUUCCAUCAGGGCCUGAUGCAUGCACAACCCCUGGCAUCGAGUCAGUAUCUCCAGGGCAGAAUAACAGAACUGUGAAAGAGGAUGACAGGCAAACUGCAGACAAUGCUGCAAAAGGAUUAAUUGAUCGAAGGCAGAAUGAUCAAAGAAAGAUUUCUCAGGGAAGGCUGGUUCCUCGUUCUGCUGGAUUUGAAAACUCCAAAGAGGAGCUCUCAGAACAAAAAGAAAACUUUGAUCCACGUAAACACAUGGAUACUUUACCUAAAUGCACCCCUUCAGGUGGUGAUGGUGGCAGAAUGUCUCUUAAUACUUGCAUGAAUGUUUGCGAAAAUGAACUUGGAAAAUCAUUCCUCAAGAAAACAAAAGAAAUAGAUGUUCCUUUAAGAAGCCAUCUACCAGGAUCAGGGAUAAGAAAUAUAGACUCAAAGCUAAAAUUUCCUGUUCCAGAAAUGAGGGACCAUAAAGUCUCAUGUAAACCAGAAUUUAAACUGUGUGGACUGCGUCCUCCUCUACUACGGGCUGUAUCGUGGGAUAGCUUGGAGCCUGGACAGAAAGACAAAACACCUUUAAAAUUACCUUCUGAAGACGAUAAAAGCCUUGGGGCUGGUAAUAAAUCCAGCAAUCAAUUCAAAACAUUCAAAGACCUUCAAAUCCAAGUUCAACCAGUUCGAAUGCAGAAAUUGACAAAGCUCAGAGAGGAGCAUAUUUUGAUGAGAAAUCAAAAUUUAGUUGGACUUAAACUUCCUGAACUUAGUGAAGCAGCUGAACAGGAAAAAGGCCCUUCACCUCUCCCUUCCCCCACUGAAGAGGAAGAGACAAAGAAUAGCUCUGAUGUCAUGCCCAGCAUUCCUGAUGUAUUGCUGCGAAAACUACGAGUGCACAAAUCACUUCCAGGAAGCUCCCCUCCACUUACUGAAAAAGAAGUUGAGAACGUAUUUGUACAACUUUCCUUGGCCUUCAGAAAUGAUAGUUAUACCUUGGAAUCUAGAAUUAACCAAGCAGAGAGAGAGCGAAAUCUUACUGAAGAGAACACUGAGAAGGAACUGGAAAACUUUAAAGCAGCCAUUACAUCUUCAGCUCACUUAUGGCAUCACUAUGAACACAGAGAAGCAUACCAGAAGCUAUUGGAGGAUAUUGCUGUUCUGCGGCGUUUAGCUGCUCGGCUGUCUAGUCGUGCUGAGAUGGUUGGAGCUGUUCGUCAGGAGAAGCGUAUGUCAAAGGCAACAGAAGUAAUGAUGCAGUAUGUGGAAAAUCUGAAAAGAACGUAUGAAAAGGAUCAUGCUGAACUAAUGGAGUUCAAGAAACUUGCCAAUCAGAAUUCUAGCAGAAGCUAUGGUGCAUCUGAAGAUGGAGUACCUCGUUCAUCAAGAUCUAUGUCUCUCACUGUUGGAAAGAAUAUGCCUCGGAGGAGAGUCAGCGUUGCUGUUGUUCCUAAAUUUAACUCCUUAAACAUUCCUGGUCAGUCACCAACAGCUUCACCUAUACCUUCAAUGCCAUCCCUGUCUGAAUCAUCUAGUAAUGGAAGGAGCAAUCUAACGUCUACUCCUGUUCUGCCAGCACUUUUAGAAAAUGGUAAGUCGAAUGGCGAGCCGGACUGUGAAACCUCUGCAACUGUGCUGACACAGAGUGCGCUGGAAGAAAUCAGUCCUGAAACUAAAGCAAAGAUAGAAGAGGAGGCAUAUAACAAAGGCUAUCAGGAAGGCUUGAAGAAAACCAAAGAACUUCAAGAACUGAAGGAAGAAGAUGAAGAGACAACAAAAGAAAGUCAUGAUGAACAUGAAGAAAGUGAAAAUGAAGAUGAGAUAAGAAAACUGAAAAGCAGCAGACUUGAAGUCAUCAUUAAUUAUGUACAUAUACUGUACCCCAAACUGUGUAAACACUGGAAUGUGGUAUGGCUUGUAGUGGCUGCGAUAAUCAUUUUUGCUGUGGUCUUGGGAAUCUACCAUUCAUACAAUUCCUGUGAUGAAAAAUCAGAGGGACCUGAAGGGAAGGCCAGCUGUUCUGCUGCCCAUCAACAUUCCUGGUGGAACUCAGGAUUUCAACAUGAGCAACGCACUGAAUAAUAAAGGAACAUCUACGUAUUUAUGGUACCUGAGCAAGUAGGCAUAUUAGAACACAGUUAAAGGUAGUGCUUAGUCAUCCUUAUGGUUGUUAAACGUUAUCUGUUAGACAAGUGAGUUACUCCACACCAUCAAGUUUAGGGAUACAUUAUGAACAUGCUUUGCCAAAAUGACAAUCUGAUAAAUAAUCCCGUCUGUCCUCUUAUUGUAAAUUAGUGAUACAAUAAAGUAAUAUUUAAUUGUGGUAAGGGUUAUGGCAGUAAUCAGGUAAUCAGCAACCAGCAAGAUAUUUAAAAGAAUGAUUUGCACAGGGCACUGACAUCUGCUGUGGUUUUAGAGCAACUCAUAAAACCUGUAUUUGCAGUUAGUGCUUUACUUUGCAUUUCCUGAAUUUUUUGGUAGUUGUUGAAGUACUAACAGCAUUUAAGUCCUCUGGGUUUUAAGAGUCUAUUUAAUUUUCUUUUUCAUGAUUAUUGGGUAGAGAACAAGCUCUAGGUGUGUCUAGGUGGCAGUUUAUAUCAUCACCUAAAUCUGGGAACUUCUGAUAUAUCAAAGGGACAUGCUUUGCAACGAAUUUGUGUGCACCACUCAGACUCAGUACUGGUUACAGCAAAAAUAAUUUGCUGUCUGAAGGAUGAGAUGUAUUGCCCAAGCCUAAAACUCCACAGUCUUGAGCGUGGGAAGCAAAGAAAAGAAGAAAAAGUCUUGAAACCUCUGUAGACAGGUGACCCCACUAAAUAAAACUCUGCCCUAUUCCUAAUACUGGAAAUAGAUAUCAUUUGAGAUCUGCAUGGGGAACACAGUUCUGUUUGCAGCCACAACCCUACCAGUGCCUGAUGAAUCAGGAUAUGAAAGUAGUGAGGACUUUAAAGAAGUCACUGCAUGUUUUUUAGUAGUUCAGAAUUUUAGAAUCAGAAUCAUAGAAUCAUGGAAUAGUUUGGGUUGGAAGGGACCUUAAAGAUCAUCCAGUUCCAACCCCCCUGCCAUGGGCAGGGACACCUCCCACUAGAUCAGACUGCUGAAGUCCCCAUGCAACCUGGCCUUGAACACCUCCAGGGACGGGGCAGCCACAACUUCCCUGGACAAUCUGUGCCAGUGCCUCACCACCCUCAUGGUGAUGCCAGCUAUGUAACUGUUCUGAUAUGCUUUCAAAGCCAAACUAUCAAGUCAUGAUAGAUUAAUCUUUUGCCCAAAAUUUUUAACAGUUGUGCUAUUUGGAAGUUGUGAUUUCUUACACAAGAAUGUGGAAUCCUGAAGUCUUUAGAUAUGCAAUUUCUAAAUAGUGAAGCCAUUAUCUGUAAAAAACCCACACCUCCUAGGACUGAGACCAAAAGACACGUCACUUAAGGUAGUACUAUGAAUACCUGCUGAACAUCACUGCUGACUGUUUGUCUUUCCAUGGCUAUAUGCUUGAAUUGAACCACAAUAUCAAAACCAGUGUGACACUUGAUUGUAGCUGUCUUGCAUUCUUCUGGCAUUCUGUGACUGACGAACAGGUCUGCUUACCAACUGAAGGACAAGUAUGUUAUGAAGUACUGUAAUUUUGGUUCAGAUGCGGUUAGUAUUAACUUGUUUUCUUUUGGUGUAAACACUGAACCUCAAUUCAAUUAUCAAAGAAAACAAGUUUCUAACUCGGUCAGAAAUUUAAUUUACAUUCCUUGUUCUAGUAACAAAUAUCCUGCUGGUGAAUUUUGUUUGUCACAUCUUUGGCCAUAUUUUUCUUGGGAGACUUUUACAUGAAAGAAAAAAUUAAAAUAAAUUUUAAAAAAGCACAAUACUACAACUUUCUGUGGAGAGAGAAAGUCUACGAGCAGUAGGGAGGUUUGGUUUUUGUUUUAAAGUACAUAUUGUUAGGAAUAGUGGCUUAAGGAAGUUCAAAAUGGAUAAUGGGAAAGUGUCAUUUGGUCUAAAAUGGUAAUUGGUAAAGAAUGACAGAAGAAGGUUUCUUGCAAAUUACUCUGUAUCUGUUUGGUUCAACUAGAAUAUCCGACUAUGAAGAACUGCUGUAACAUUUCACAUACUUUCAGUAUUUGAAGAAACUUGUCAGUUGUUCUUUGAAUACUUCCUUAUUAAAAUCAGCUUCUUUAACUUAUUAUUCUUUACAAAUAGUGUUGAAAAAUUAAUAAGGCAAUAAAAAUUGAAGGUAAAUAAUCCUGAAGAUUCAGAAUGCUUUAUGCCAAAAAUUACAGCACAUAUUUGAUUAUGUGAUUGUGGAAAUGUUGUGCUGCACUGAGGAAAAAUAAUUAAAAAUGCCUAUAAUCUAAUUAAUUGUUUUUUAUUUACAACUCACUGAUGUGAAUCCAACACUUUAUUUUAAUACAUGUAGGAAGUUAUUGAUAUCAACUGCUUAAUGUUAAGCAUGUGCUAAGUUUUUUUGGUCAGUGGGCAAAUGAGGUCUCCAUCCUCUCUCGAAAUUCAGCCCACUGGCUUUUGUGGACUUAGCGCAUAAAGGCAAAUUUCCAUCAGUAGUUUUACUGAUUUGAACUGAACUACUUGCAUGUCUAUGGCAAGUAUCAUUUAGCCACCAAGUUGUUAAUUGUUGAAUGGACUGAAACAGGCAAGAGGUUUGAAUGGGGUUGGAAAGAUGAAGAUACAGUUUAUUUUUUUAAAAAAAUUCUUUUUAUAACUACUUUGAGCAAACUGUCCACUAGAAAUAAUGAACCACAAUGACUAACAGCACAUGAAAUAUUUUUGCUUAUGUUUUGCAGUUAGUUAAUGACAACGCAUUUUUAAAUAGGAAACUAGAAUGAGCUCAAAAACUAUUCUAAAUGUAAUUUUAUCCAUUGGAUAUUAUUUUACUUUAUCUGAAAAAAAAACCAACCUCUUCUACGUUCAAAGAACAAAUCUGAUAACAAGAAAUAGAUCUGUUAUUUAUGCUUUUAACACUGAAAUAGUUUUCUUGAGGUGCAAUAUUUAUUUUUCUGCUUUAACAAGACACAUUUAUUGUUUUUCCUGCACAGCACAGAUGUUUCUAGUAAAAGGAAUUUUAAAAGGGCACUAUUUUUGUGUAUCAUAUUUAAAUUUGUAAUAUUGUAAGAUUUUGCACAAGUGUUCCUGUAUUGUACUGUAUAGUAUCACAUACUUGAGUUUUGAAAUAAAAGUAUGGUUUCAAAGU